AUGUUGAUAUACAACAGGAAAACAAGGCAAGAAGCAAGGAGGAAUAACUUUUACAUCGCGUACUCCAUGACUUUGCUCAUUCUUAUGACUUUCGCCUUCGCCACAAACGCUGUCAUGGGUCAGCUUAUGUGGAUCAAUCAUCGGGAUUACGAAGGCGGCCCCCUUGCUUACUAUGCUGCAUCAGCAAAUAGCUGGUUUGAGACGCUCGGUACAUCAAUGGAUGUUGUGGCCAACAUAAUGGCGGAUGCGCUAUUGGUGUAUCGGUGCUAUGUCAUAUGGAGACGCUCUAUAUGGGUUCUAAUUCCUCUUCUUUUGCUGUAUAUGGCUUCAGUGGCGUUCUCCCUGUUGACAACAAUGCAAAGCGCUCUACCGAACAAUCACAUUCUUGCCAACUCUACCAACUUCUUUAUUCCAUGGAUUUCGCUUACCAGCGGACUCAACUUUAUUGUUACUGGACUGAUCGUCUAUCGAAUUCUGGCAUUCAGUCGUCGUGCACGAGGUACUCUUCCAGAUGAGGCACACAAAGUUUACACCGGGGCUGCCUCUAUUCUCGUCGAGUCUGCCCUACCCUUCAGUAUAUUGGGAAUUAUAUUCGCAGUAUAUACGUCUAAGGGUCAGGCUCCUCAGGUAGCUCUUGGCUUCAUUUGGGGAACUUUCUUUGCACUCUCUCCUCAGCUCAUUAUUCUACGUGUCGCAAUGGGUCGCGCCUGGUCAUCAAAUACUGAAGAUAAAAUCACGACAUCUUCGAUAGCCUUCAAGCCAUCCAUGGUACAGUUCGAUAGGGACAGGAGCGAAACUGCGUUCCAUGAAAAUAGUCGGCCUGCAGAUGAACCCGCCAAGGACAUCUCCGAGAAGGGAUCUUCUUCCUCGAACGUAUGA